CACAUCAUCAUCGGCAUUCUUUCGCAGCAAUCAAGACCCUCGCGCCAUCUCAUCGUCUGAUCCCGCUGGACUGAGGUGCCCCCAACGCGGAGCUGCCGUAGACUGCAAAGGCAUCGUUCAUUCUUCAGGAAAGCUGCAUGUAUGCGCUCCUAACGCCGUCUCGAUCGAUUUGGAAGGUGCGGUCUGGACGUGCAGCAGUGGUCAGAGGUGUCAUGCCCUGCUCUCGCAGGUCAGCUCCGCCAAGAUGCGUCUACGUGUCAGCUUGACCGACUCAAAGACGUUGCAUGGAAUGAUUCAGUCUGUGGGAAAGGUUGCCAACAAAUGCAUCAUUCGAUUUUCUCAGAGCACUUUCGACAUCAUUGUUACCGGGGCUGAUGCGCCCGAGGGAGUCCAAAUUUGGUCACAAGUCAUGACAAACGCGCUGUUCAAGCCAGACGUCCUCCGCAUAGAGUCCAACUUUAACGAUCAGAUAAAUCUCGAGGUGGCCACCGAGACCUUCUUGCACGCCUUGAAAUCAUCGAUCAACGCCGUCGACGUCAUCAUUCGCCUAGCGAAGCGCGAUCGUGAUCCUCUGCUCAACUUUACCAUCGGCAACAGCACCGUGAACGGAGCGCGCCUUGAGAUCUCUCAAGAAGUGCUGAUACGGGUGCUCCGACCAGCUGAGAUCAGUCGCAUUCGCGAGCCUGAAUGUCCUGUGCCCGAUGCAUGCAUCUACCUACCGCGCCUUCACAAGAUCCGACGAGUCGCUGAACGCAUGCAACCGCUGUCUGACACCAUCACCGUGUCUGCAAAUCGAGCGCACGAACUCAAAUUGUCGAUCGAAAAGGACGAGGUCAAGAUAGAGACGACGUGGCGCGACUUGGACCAUCCAGACCUCGAAAUCAUGACGCAGGCGCGCCACGGCCGAGUGGAGAGUGAAUAUCGCUCUGUUCGACUUGACAUGAAAUCGUUCAUGCGCUUUCUGUCCUCUUCCGUCGUAGAGACCAAGUCCAUCACCAGCAUCUGCGAGAAUCAUUGUGCCAUCUUCUACGUUUACAUAGGCGAAGAAGACUCGGGAAGCGGCGUGAUGACGUUCUUCUUGCCGGCGGUCGAGGUCUAGCAAGAGCACGGCCAAGGCUUGUUGCAGACCCGACAAUAUGAAUGUAGGACGUGCGACACUCAUUGAAGGUCGAGACGGAAUGGAGAGCUUGAAGAUGGCCUAGGCGCAGCCACAAGACAGGCCCCCUUCGAUUCGAGUGCCAGGUGCACUAGCACG